AUGUCUGUGCGCUACCCCCGCCCCGGUCUGAAGACAGCCGGCACCAAGAAGAAGACCCGAGUGCGCCAGGCCUGGGAUAGCUCCGUUCAAGAUCUCAAUGUACACCGGGCCACCCCCGAGGAGCUGGCCCACAGACACGAGAUACACAAAUCUAAGAAUCAGCGGCUAGCUCAGUGGGAACUUCAGAAGAAAUCUCUGAAGAAGAAGUGGAGGAAACAGAAUGGAGGAGCUGCAGACCCGCUGGAGGAGAGGCGGCUGGCCCUGAUGAUGGAGAUUCUUUCUGAUCAGUAUCAGAUGAAGGAUGUCCUGGAGCGAUCAGACCGUGCCAUGUCUGUGGUGAAGGACCUCUUUGGGGACGCCCCCCGCAGGCACACAGGUUUUCCCAAUGUCACAGUGGCCCCAUCAUGCGACCUGGAAACCUCUCGUGGUCCCAUAGUGCAGAAAAAAGACCCUCCCACCCUCCUGUCCAUCCUCAGCGAGAGCGUCAUGGACUCCCAGGCUCUUAAUGAAGUGGAUGAGAGUCGGUCAGAAGACAGCGAUGAUGAUGAAGUGGACGUUUCCAUUACUUUCCAGCCCAGCCUUACCACUGACAGGGUUUACCAGAUAAUAAAUGAAGAGAGUUCCCAUCCAGAGUCUCAUCACCAACCAACAGGGAAAGAAGUCGAUGCAGAUAACCCAUUUGUGACACCCAAAAGCUCGGGUCACCCCACAAACGGCCAGAUGGCAUUAAAUGCCACCACAGCAGUAAAGAAGGUCAAAAGCCGCCUGAAG